AUGAACCAACUAGAAGAAUAUAAAUUCAUACCAACCCAAAUUCAAGAAGAACUGAUGAAAAAGGUAUUAGGAGAAGAAAGAUACAAUAACGAACCAGAUAAGAAAAAAUUCUUAAUUGAAAUACCAACAUUGAUGACCAAAGAACAAAUCAGAAAAUUCUGGGAUGAAGAAAUUAAUGUAGAACCCACAAUCAGGAAAAUAAGACCGACGGAAAAAACGCACUAUAAUAAAAUAAUUUCGAAACUAUUAAAAAGGGAAGAACGAACAAAAACAGAAUUGGUGAUACCAAUCUGUAAAAUAUAUAAACUAUUACCAAAAUAUCACGAACUGAUCCAAAGACUUGAUUUAAGAAUUAAUGCUAAAAUUAUCAUAGUAACGGGGGCAGUAGCCGCAGGAAAAACAACAUUCACAAAGAACCUUGAACAAUUUCUUGAAGAACGACACCAGAAAAUAAUUAGAGUAGAAGGAUUACCAGAUGAAAUAUCCGAAUCACUAGCUUUAAUGAACAAAAACAAAGAAAAAUAUGCAUUUGCACGACAAAUGUGCAUACUUCAAGAAUAUCAGAAAAAAUGGUAUCAGCUAAAACUCAUAACUGAAAUUGACAAAUCAACCUAUAUCCUCAUGGAUCGAACAUUCAUAGACACUAUUAUCUUUGAAAAUAUCUAUAUUAAAAACCUCAAAGAAAGAAAAAUUUUAGAAAACAUCCGGCAACAAUUAAAAGAAGCAUUACACUCAAAUAAUGUUGAUACAAAAUACCUUGAAGAAAUAUAUUCCUCUUAUGAAAAAAAUAUUUUAAAAGCAUACCCAACUCACAUUGAAAUUAAUAAUAACCACGAAAAUCUAAAUGAUAUGAUCAGAACUAUAAUUUCAGAGGAGAAAAAGGAAAGUUCCAAAGAGGAAGACCUUUCAGAACAAAUAACAAUAACUGAUCUAAUAGUCAAAGAUUCAAUAGACAAAGAACUAGAAAUGUUCAAUUCAGAAAUAAUCCACGAGGAAACAAUAAUUUCAGAAACAAAAGGGUAA